AUGGAAAUGUGUGAGCGGAAUCCGUUAAAUCCCGGCUACGUUGGUUCUCUGCUGAAUUUCGCUCCACCUGAUUCGCUUUAUUUCUCCAACUUGCGGGGCAAUGGAGCCCACAUACCCGGGCUGCAUCAGCUCCCGUACAAUAGGAGAGAGGUGUGCACGCUCCCGUGGACUUCCUCAAGUUCGUGCACGUCCAGAGGAGCACAGCCAGCAGCAGCAGCAGCAGCAGCAGCCGCACAGAGCCGCGCCUUCGGGGGCUACUGUCCGCCGUUCCUGUCCAGCUCCGUGUCCCUGAACUCCGGCCACAUCAGGGCGCAUUUGGACGAGCCCCUUCGCUGCUUCCAGGACGCGGGGCACAAGGCGCAGGAUGCUGCGAGGAGAGAUGAGAUUUACACCGGGGAGCACGGGGCGCUGAGUGACGGCGGAUACUCGGAUGUGCACGGCCGGCCUCACGGUUCUGCGGCCCAGACAGAUGCGGAGUCAGCAGGCCCGUUAAACGUGAACGGCACCAAGCAGGAGCACGACCAUCUGCAGCCCCCAGCGAGUAACGCAUGCUCCAGGACGAGUUUUACUGAAGGUGCCCCGUGGUGCUCGUCUCAAGUGAAGAUCCGCAAGAAGAGGAAGCCUUACUCGAAGCCACAGCUGGCUGAACUUGAGAAUGAAUUCAUGAUGAACGAGUUCAUAAACAGACAGAAGCGCAAGGACCUGUCAAACAGACUGGACCUGAGCGACCAGCAAGUGAAAAUAUGGUUUCAGAACCGCAGGAUGAAGAAGAAGCGGCUCCUGAUGCGCGACCAGGCUUUCUCCCUGUACUGA